AUGGAGUUGAGACGAAUAUGGCUCGGUAGCACACAUCUGCUCCACCUCAUCUCAUCAGCCGCUUGGAACUCAAUUCACGCGCCACGUGCAUGAGCUACGAAGAUCUUCUAGAGCUAGGAGGUUAUCGAUUGCAUCGCAUCAGCUGAGCACUGCAAGUCAACGUCGGCGUCCCGGACAUGGCGACUGUCCGCAUAGUCAUUUGCGGCGAUGAGUCCGUUGGCAAGAGCUCACUUCUGACCUCUCUAGUCAGAGACACCUUUGUGACGACCAAGAUCCAACCCGUCCUCCCUCCCAUCACCCUUCCGCCGAGUCUAGGAACGCCCGAGAAUGUCACCACAACAAUCGUCGAUACAUCUGCCCUCCCGCAAGAGCGAGACGCCUUACGAAAAGAGCUUCGGAAAUGCAACGUGAUUCUCCUGGUCUAUAGCGAUCAUUACAGCUAUGAAAGAGUCGCUUUGUUUUGGAUGCCGCACUUCCGCUCGCUGGGUGUGAACGUGCCGGUGGUGCUAUGUGCGAACAAAAGCGAUCUCACGCCGGGGACGAGUACAGCACAAAUCGUGGAGGAUGAAAUGCUCCCAGUCAUGGCGGAGUUCAAGGAGAUCGAUUCGUGCAUUCGGACAAGUGCCAGGGAACAUCACAACAUCAAUGAGGUGUUCUUCUUAUGUCAGAAAGCUGUCACACAUCCAAUUGCGCCAAUAUACGACUCCAAGGAGUGCAGUUUGAAGCCUGCAGCAGUGGAUGCGCUCAGAAGGGUGUUUUACCUCUGCGAUCGCGAUCAGGAUGGCAUUUUGAAUGAUAAGGAGAUUCACGACUUCCAACUAAAGUGCUUCGACAAGCCACUUUCGGACGAAGACCUGGUCAACAUUAAAAAAGCUAUCGGACGAUCCAGGCUGGCUUCAAAUGAAUCUCUGGAUGAACCAAAAUUGACGGAAGGAAUAGACGUGGACGGUUUUAUUCAGUUAAACCGGAUGUUCGCUGAAAAGGGAAGACACGAGACCAUCUGGAUCAUAUUGCGAAAGUUUCAAUACUCAGACAGCUUAAGCCUGAAGGACAACUUUCUCCAUCCGAAGCUCGAAAUUCCAGCACAUGCUUCUGCCGAACUGUCACCGGCGGGAUAUCGAUUCUUCGUUGAUCUGUUCUUACUACACGACAAGGACAACGACGGAGGACUCAGCAAUUCCGAGCUGGCGACCUUGUUUGCACCAACACCAGGCAUGCCACCAUCAUGGAUCGACUGCGCGUUUCCGAGCUGCACGGUACGAAACGAGGCUGGCUAUAUCACGUUGCAAGGCUGGCUCGCUCAGUGGAGUAUGACCACAUUCGAGAAUCCCAAGACUACCCUCGAGUAUCUUGCAUAUCUUGGAUUCGACUCCGAAGGCAAAGGCACAACACCAGCGCUCAGAAUCACCAAAGCGCGCAAGCGACGAAACAAACCAGGUCGGGUCGAACGAAACGUCUUUCUCUGCUACGUGCUAGGAUCUGCGCAAAGCGGUAAAUCCUCUCUCCUAAAUGCAUUUCUCAAUCGCCCAUUCAGCAGUACAUAUCACCCAACUAUAAAGCCACAGACAGCAGUCAACAGUGUCGAGCUCCAAGGCGGCAAACAAUGCUACCUCAUCCUCGAAGAGCUCGGCGAGUUGGAACCCGCCAUCCUCGAAAACCAAGCCAAACUCGACGCCUGCGACCUACUUUGCUACACGUACGACAGCAGCGACCCGGACAGCUUCGCCCACAUCCUCGACAUGCGCGAGCGCCACCCGAACCUCAACGCCCUGCCUUCGGUCUACGUUGCGCUCAAAGCCGACCAGGACCGUGCGGUGCAGAGGACCGAGGUUCAGCCGGAUGUGUACUGCGAGCAGCUGAAAAUUGGCAAGCCGCUGCACGUGUCGGUCAAUUGGGAGUCGAUCAGCGAGUUCUUCGUCCACUUGGCGGAAAGUGCGACAUUUCCUUCACAAGCGUUUCCGAAAGGCGAUGAGGAUGCUGUAGAUCGGACGGCGUUGUAUAUUGGUUUGGGAGCUUCCAUAUCUGUGGCGGUUGCUUUUGCAUGGGUCUGGAAGAGGAAUAUGCUGUCUUCGAGUCCGUGA